AUGACUUCUGAGAACGUGUUUGCACCAGGAUACCGCAUGUAUACGAAAGCCCUGGCUCUACUCAUUAGAAACAUCGGUGAUUCUAUCUUUGGAUUACUAGCCGUGGCCCUUUUAGUGGUACUGUCAGCAAAACAGCAAACCCAAGUGGUAGCCACCAAUCCUCCAAGAGCAUAUGGUAGCCGAUGUGUCUAUGUGGAUUACACCAUAUACUGCUACGGCGGAUCGCAAAGCUACCUUGACGACUUUAAUGUUGACCUUCAGGGCACGCAGCAGUUCUUUUCUUUGAAUGUUUCAGGGCCAAUCAAUGCUGUCGAUAAUGCCUCCUCCUGGAGAAUGAUCGACCUUAAGGAUCAAGCUAUGCGACCAGAACCUAACAUGUUCUUCUUUAUGGAUGCAAUGGAUACGCCAGAGCAUAAGCUCUUUGUCAUAAGCGGUGGUGCUGGAUCAAGCUUUGGUGGGCCCGCACUUGUGAAUCCACUGAUAUACUACGACGUCCAAACUCAGCAAUGGAAUAGUAUUGAUUCAUCAAAAAAUCGUACUCAAAGGGUCUUAGGUUCAAUGAUAUUCGACAAAGCUGGAAGCGGUGAUCGAUUCUUUGUGUGGGGUGGUGAUAGAUCUAUGUACUAUGUGGGAUAUCAAGAUGGGACUUCAAUAGACAUGAACAUGUCCAUAUUGACCUAUAAUGAUUGGAGCUGGACAUCACCGACAAAUACCCUUCCAACCAAUUCUCAUUAUGCUGUACGCCCUAGGACUCAACAUGCAGCUGCACAAGGUGGAGAUGGAAGGAUCUAUAUUACAGGUGGUCUGCAAACAGGGGAAAAUACCAGAACAGAGGAGAAUAGCACCAUCGGCUUAUUAGUUUCGGCAUCAAUGGCAGAGACGCUAGUAUACGAUGUUAAUACUGGUUGGAGCAUUAAGCCGACCGUUGGAGACAUACCAAGCCAGCGCAUGUACCAUUCCAUGGUUCCUGCCGCUGAUGGUAAAUCCUUCUUUUGCUAUGGCGGUUCCGAUACAUCUUCAAUUUUGAGUAGAGAUCAUUUACCUGUACCAAAUCCUGUGCACGAUGUUGCCUAUAUUUUGGAUAUCUCUGAUCCCGAGCGACUGGAAUGGAAGAAUGUUACCGAUAUUUUCAUGAGAAGCAUGGGAUCGUCAUCCUGGAACUCGGGGCGUUAUCUUCGUUUCCUCCACUCUUCUAUUCUCUUGAACAACAAAAGCUUGUUCGUCCUUUUUGGUGCCAACAAUCAAGAUGUCCAAACAGAUUUUUUCAUCAUUGAUACCACAACCUGGAAUCUAACCAAUUCUUUUGAUUGGAUCACCGAUACCAACAAUCAAUCUGGUGAUAAUGAUAGGGCGUCAGCAGGUGAUUCCAUUUCAGGUGGUACUAUAGCAGGCAUCGUUAUUGGAUCGAUUGCUGCCGUUGCUAUCAUGAUUGGUCUCGUUUCCUUAAUCAUCUAUCGAAAGCGGAAAGCGAGCAUGGACAAGCAUAAACCAAAUGUUGUCACCGCUAGCUAUAAUGAUUCCAAUAACCGAACACCAAACACAUCUUCUUCACUAACUCUCGCCUUAAACCGCUCCUAUAACAUACCCUCAAAUCCCAAUGUACCCACCGUAAAACCCCAUUCGGAUGAGAUUUUCAAGAUAAAGGCUGUCAAGCCGGAUGGCGAAUAA